AUGUGUAACAAAUGCCGUGAGGUUCACAAUAAAUGGCAGCCUCAUGUCAAGCAUAGAGUUGUGAAAGUAGAAGACGUCAGAGAGGGAAGGGUGGUUAUCGAAAAAGAGGUUUACUGCCAGGAACACAAAGCAGAUAAAAAGAAAUACAUAUGUACUGAUGUAUGUAUCACUUGUAAGAAGUUCAUCUGCUUGAGAUGUCGAAUGUUGUACCAUGACAAGAAAGGACACACUGUUCAAGAUGCUGAGGAAAAUAAUGCUUCUACCAAGAAACACAUUGAAUCUCUACAAGCCCGAGGUAAGACAAAAGCUACAACCAUAACAAAUCACGUGACCUGCAUCAAGAAUCAGAAGAAGCGUGUCACUGAUCACAUUGCCGGCAAAAAAGCUGAAAUCGAGAAGAAGUAUCAAGAAUCACUCAAGAAAUUAAACGAGAGAAAAGCAGCAUUAGACCAGCAGUUGGAUACUCAGGAAGUGAAAUUAUGUAAAAUAUUGGAUGAGAUGAAGGAUGUUGAUGAGAGGUUGAUUACGAAUAUCGAGAGUGCGAGUGCGUUAGCAGGUAAUUGCAUGAAGGCUCCAUUAGAAGGUGACAUCAUUGUUAUUCGUGAUACAUUGUCUGGUGAGUUGAAGAAUGUACUAGACAGGGAUGAUCCAGAGAAGAAGCUGGCUACGAAUGUAGCUGACCGUGCAGAGCAACUGAUAUUCACACCUAACAAUCAAUGUGAUCAGUUGAACAUUGGUCAGGUCAGGUUCAUGAAAUGUGAGUUGGUAUGUGAUGUAGAACUCUCAGAGAAAGGUAACAUGAACGGCAUGGCUGCUACACCCGAUGGUAGGAUGGCAGUGGGAUCUAGAUUUGGAGGAAUCGAUAUCUUCUCUGCUGAUGGUCAGCUGCAGAAGACAGUCCUCAAGGAUGUUGGUAUGCUUGAUGUAGGAUUCCUGUCUAAUGGUCGACAUGUGGUCCUGAAUGACAACAAUGACAUCACAUUGUACACACAGGCGUAUGAGAGGCGGCAUGUAACGUUUGAUACUCUGAGUAAUGACGAAGGUGGGCUUGGUCGUCUCACUGUAGAUAGUAAUGAUCAAAUCUUUGUCGGCUACUGGAAAGCCAUGAAGAUCCAUGUGUUCUUACAAGCAGGUGGGAAGGCGAUCAGGGAGAUACCAUGCAAUGGGUAUAUACCUAUGACGAUUACUAGUUAUAACGACUUAUUAGUCGUAACGUAUGUUGAUGAAGUAAUUCUAAUUGACAAAGAUGGCAAUUCAAAACACAAGGUACAGAAAUCAAAUGUUAUUGCAUACGCUGCUGUGACUCAGAAUAAUUCAAUCAUAAUCGCUUGGGUCAAGCAUGAUGAUGGGUUGGUCAGUAUCGAUGAGUACACCAGCGAUCUGAAACACGUCCAAACUCUCUUUUCUGAUUUCAGGAUUGAGAAGCCUGAGAGAAUAUGGUACUAUCUGCGCGAGUUCCGAUCAGGGGAGAUUGCUUUCUGUACUCCUGAUAGACUCUAUAUAUUCAAACUAACCAUCACACCAGUCCAUGAAUGA